AUGCAGCUUGCACACAUCCUCCUCACUCUAGCCAGUCUCACCCCGACUCUGGUCUCAGCGGGUGUAGCCUGCAAUGCUCAAGCCAUGUGGAAACGACAUGAAGGCUCUAUGAGUCACGAGAAACGACACGUUUACGACAAAGCUUCUACUGGAGAUGAGGGGCUUGCGAAGAGACAUGUUUAUGACAAAGCUUCUACGGGUGAUGAGGGGCUUGCGAAGAGAUAUGUUUAUGACAAGGCCAGCGUUGGUGAUGAGGGGCUUGCGAAGAGACAUGUUUAUGAUAAGGCUUCUACGGGUGAUGAAGACCUUGCAAAGAGACAUGUUUAUGACAAGGCAUCUACGGGUGAUGAAGACCUUGCGAAGAGACAUGUUUACGACAAAGCUACUAUUGGCGAUGAAUAG